GCGCUGUUUUGGCACGCCUCAAACGCGACACCCGUGCAGUGUUAACGCCGCAAAGUUGUGCCAGGACACACAGCGUACUCUACGCACGCGUGCGCGAGAGAACGAGCACUGGCGGCAACCAAGCGCUGCGUUUGGACUCGGUACAACGCAAGGCUCUGCCACAGCAAAGCACACGAAGACGGCAGCAAGGCAUUGGAUAGUCGCGCGAACAUCAGGACGCAGCAGUGCUGCGUUAAGAGCCAGCACGCGCCUCAACACCUGUGGUGCCGGCACGCAACGAAGUGCAUCGAACGAAGAUGAGCGCACCACAAAGCCCCCAAAGCCCGCACAGUCCGCACAAGUCCAACUGGAUGCUCGACCAGGACAGCGGCGGCGACGACGACGACAAAAAUACGAUCCGCCUGCGCUACCUCUACCGCGGCGAGCACAAGCGCGACGGCCGCGUCGCGACGAUCGCGUGCGAGAACGGCACCAUAAAAACAAAGGCCGUCCUCGUCGCGCUCCGACGGGACAGGUCCGUCGACCUGGACCGCUUCGGCGUCGCGCUCUACGAUGUGAAGGAAGAGGCCUGGCGGACGCUGACGGAGUUGGACGACGAGGUCGCCGUCGAGGGCGAGGCGCGCGCCGAGCUCUACGACACGCUCGAGCAAGAGGCAGAUGAUGCCGCGGCAGAGGCGGGCUACUUCGGCAUUGGGAUAGUCCGGGGCAAGACCGCGGGCAACGCGGGCGUGCUCUGGCGGUCCGCGGCGCAGCUCGGCGCGGCGUUCACGUUCACGGUCGGCGCGCGCUUCGAGAAGGAGGACGACAAGACGGACGCCAUCGCGGCGUGGCGCCGCGUGCCGCAGUUCGCGUACGACGACGUCGCGCAGCUCGUGACGGCGACGCCGCGCGGCGCCGCCUUGGUCGGCGUCGAGAUGGGCGGGCAGGCCCUCGAGACCUUCGCGCACCCGGAGCGCUGCGUGUAUGUACUAGGUGCCGAGGACGAGGGCCUGCCGAAAUCGGUAAGACGGGCGUGCCGCCACGUCGUGUCGCUGCCGUCGAUUCGUUCGGCGUCGUACAACGUCGCGGUCGCCGGCGCGCUCGUGCUCUACGACCGGUUCAUGAAGAGGAGCCGGCCCGUGCCGCCGCCGCUGCCAUUACCAACGACGGUCGACGUCGAAGACGAGGCGGCCGAGCCGGUCUACUUGCCGAUCAUCCUCGUGCAGCGCGACUCGGCGACGGCGUCGCGCGUCGACGCGCUGCUGGAGCAGCGCCACGGCGCCGCGGUCGUCCGGAAAGCGACGGACGGCGAUUUGAGCACGGAGGAAUUCGCGCGGGCGCGGGCGCGGUUCUCGGUCGCGCGGGCCCACGACGCCGGUGCCGUCGCGUGCAGCAUCGCGGCGGACCCGCUCCUCCAGGGCCACGUCCAGCGCUGCCUCGUGCUCGACCGGCGCGCGGCGGAUGUUGCUAAAAUCGCGCUCGGCGCGGAGACGUACCGCGUCGUCGCGCAGCCGGCGGGCCUCGCGACGCGCGUCGUCGACCAACUGCCCGAAAGCGUCGCGCUCGGCACCGCAGACGCGACGCACCUGCUCUGCGUCUGCGAUUUCGGGGGCAAGGGC